UAGUCUCACAAUAAUCGUCCGGCAUUUGAUGCAGUGCGUUGCAAAUUUCCACGAUCCAAAAACAAUAAAAAAAACCCCGCAAUACCGCUAAAUCAACCUUUGAGAAUUACCCCGAGGUGUAAAAAGUUGUCGCGAGACUCCCCAAAAAUCCAACCCCCGACGAAAAUUUCGUGUAAAGUGUAAAAAACGUGACAAAAAAAAAACGACAAAAAGAGGUUGGAGAAUUUAGUUAGGGAGGGAACGCUUGGCGCCUUACGGCGAUAGAUCGAAACAUUGACAUUGGGGGGUGGAGAGGGGGCAAUUUCGAGAGUUUGUCGGCCAUUUUGGCGUGUCAGUGUGUUUCUCGUAACGUUCCCCUGUGGAUUUCUGAAUACUACGCUCUCAAAUCGGCAUCGGUGUACAUCCUUAACGAGAUUAUUAGGACCUCUGAACUGUUUUCGAGAUGAUGACCGAAACGCAUAUGAAUUCCAAUCACAUGUUGAAUUCGGGUCUGAGCAGUAAGUCAGACCUUGAAAAGAUGGACGAUGUGGGCUGGAAAGCAAAACUUAAAAUUCCACCAAAGGACAAACGCAUCAAGACAAGUGAUGUCACAGACACACGUGGUAACGAUUUCGAAGAAUUCUGCUUGAAGCGAGAACUUCUGAUGGGAAUAUUUGAAAAGGGAUGGGAGAAACCAUCACCAAUUCAAGAAGCCAGUAUACCAAUUGCCCUGUCUGGCAAAGACAUUUUGGCACGUGCCAAGAACGGUACAGGAAAGACUGGAGCUUACUCAAUCCCAGUAUUGGAGCAGGUUGACGCUAAAAAAGACGUUAUCCAAGCAUUAGUCAUAGUGCCUACCAGAGAGUUAGCAUUGCAAACAUCUCAAAUCUGCAUUGAGCUCGCUAAACACAUGGAGGUUAAGGUUAUGGUGACCACUGGUGGAACUAAUCUGCGCGAUGAUAUUAUGAGGAUUUACCAAAAAGUUCAAGUGAUCAUUGCAACACCAGGUCGUAUUCUCGAUCUGAUGGACAAAAAUGUCGCCAACAUGAAUCACUGCAGAAUUUUGGUACUGGACGAGGCUGACAAACUCCUAUCACAAGACUUCAAAGGCAUGUUGGAUCAUGUUAUUUCCAGAUUACCACAGGAACGACAGAUAUUGCUGUAUUCAGCCACGUUCCCUCUGACUGUUAAACAAUUCAUGGAAAAACACUUGAGAGAUCCAUACGAGAUUAACUUGAUGGAGGAGUUGACACUAAAGGGUGUAACACAGUACUAUGCCUUUGUCCAAGAACGCCAGAAGGUUCACUGCCUGAAUACAUUAUUUUCAAAGCUGCAGAUAACACAGAGUAUUAUAUUCUGCAACUCGACGCAGCGUGUUGAACUGUUGGCCAAGAAGAUCACAGAUUUGGGCUAUUGCUGCUAUUACAUUCAUGCUAAGAUGGCACAAGCACACAGAAAUCGUGUGUUCCAUGAUUUUCGCGCUGGUCUAUGCCGAAAUUUGGUAAGCAGUGACUUGUUCACGCGCGGUAUUGACGUCCAGGCUGUGAACGUUGUAAUAAACUUUGAUUUUCCAAAAAUGGCUGAGACCUAUCUCCAUCGUAUCGGUCGCUCCGGUAGAUUUGGCCACUUGGGUAUCGCUAUCAAUCUUAUAACCUACGAGGAUCGUUUCAAUCUCCAUCGUAUCGAGUCUGAGCUUGGCACUGAGAUCAAGCCAAUUCCCAAGGUGAUAGAUCCAAGCUUAUACGUUGCAAGACCAGAGGACAACAACAGUAUGGAGGAAGGUAAUGUGUCGAAGUAGUUUAACUCAACGAUUAAUCAAGAACAGAAAGAACAACCACAGAUGGAUGAAAAUUUUUCAUUAAAAUAAACACCCAUAAAUACAUUACAUUAAAAAAAUCCUUAAAAAAAAAUCCAAAAAAAUGAAGGUAAAGGAAACACAGCAAGAGGAGAAGGAAGUGUUUUUUUUUCUGGUGACUCGUACAUACUAUGGCAUUAAUUCUCAAUUACUUCGAACACAAACGUGAGAUUGUGGAAAAUAAUAAAAAUACCAACAAAACUGGAAUAAACGUUACUUAAGUCUGAUAAAAUGUCUCAAUGGGGUGUGAGUGCUUGUAGCCAGUGUAAAAAGACAGUUAAAGUGCUAAAAACAACGUGAAGGAAGACUAUCGAGAAGAGAUAAAAAUAAAUGAAAGGAUAAAGUGGAAGAGAGAAAAAUAUUGAGUUAAAUUUACAGUUCGUCUUCUUCACUUCUUCGUCAUUAAAUGAAUUAACAAAGGGAUUAACAAACACGGAGAUAUGUGAUUUUUUGUAAAUAUUAUGAUUAAACCGAGGGAGGCGCAAUCACAUCAAUUAACGUCGGUUUGAUUGAAGGAUAAUUUCAAAAAAAAGAAAAAAAUACGAAAAAACCAUGUGUUUAAAUUAAUUCGAUGAACUCAGUGACUGAAGUGAGAGUGCGAGUGCCGGUGCGAGUCAUUUAUUAUUCUGUAAAUAGACAACAUUAACGUUUGAAUGUACAUAAUUGAUAAUUAAUUAGUCAGAGUCAAGCCAUUAUCAAGAGUGAAAUACUUAGGGAAUAUUUGAAAUGAGAUGUGAUUGAAUUUAUUGGAGACAGGAACAAUAGUUUCUAUAUUAACUGGAGAAACACACGAGUGGAAUUUAAAAUUCAUGGAUUUAUUGCAUUUUAUUCGUGUACAUACAGCAUGAGAACAAAUAUUCAGGGGUUUUAUUUGGGAUUUUUCUUCAUUGUUUUUUUCUCAUUUUUUUUUUCUUUUUGAUACUGAGGGCCUCGUUAUUUCCGAGAUGAUGGGGCCAUUAAUUUUGGGGGAGUGGAUGGAUGGAAUCUGUUGAUUUUUCGAGCUGGGGUAAUUGUCUGGGUGCGAUCAUCUCGGUAAUGAGGGUUUUUUUUGGGGGGGGAAAAUGUCAAGGGGGAUUUUUUGUGGGAAAUUUUCUCAGCUGCAAAAAAUUUCUCUGGCAUUUUUAUCUGAAUUCAAUUGUCAUAAUGACGAUAAUGCGGAGAUCGAUUUCGUAGCGUCUUUCCACUCCUCGAUAAAUUUAUUUUUUUCGUAAAUUUCGGAAAUCUCGUGGAGAUUUUCAGUAUCUCGGGCCUGUCUGAUAUUCAGUGAUUCAGUUCAUUCACUGAGAAGUAAUUCGGUUUUUUUUUCAUGAAUGAAGUCAUAAUCGUUUCCAAUGUUUUUGGGUUUAUUUGAAAAAUGGUAUAAUAACGAAAACGUAUGUAUAGGUUGAUUGUGGCUUGAUUUUGCAAUCUCAAUACGGUCAUAAACACAACUCUGAAAAUCAAAUCACGAGAAUCCAGCAAAAAAUUACGACCGAGAUAAAAUUCUUUUUUUUUUUGCGUUUUUUUCCUCCAUAAAAAAAAACAACAUGAAAGCUUUUUUCGUUUCUCCCUUUCCCGCUUUAUUUCGUGUUUUCAUUUUUUACCUCGAAUGUGAUUGGAGACACUUUUUUUUAAUGGUACUGUGAUUGAGAAUCAGAGGGUUGUAAAAUUGACUAGUUUUAUACAAUUAUUUUUAUAACCAAUUUGGCUGAUGGGCUUCGUGGGCUCUGUGGGGGAUCGUAAAUGCAGAAUCAAUUUAUUAUUGAGUGAUUUUAAUUCGUAAUAAACAAACUGUUACGGUUCAUGAAGAGUUUAAUUACUCCGGAUGUUUUCAUGAUUUUUUUCAUUGAAUAAUUAACACUCGAGGAUACGGUAAUUCUGAUGGAAAUGAAGAAAAUGUGAAAGUAUUUGUACAAAUCUUGGUGCUGUGAUGUUUUUUCUUCGCUAUUUUAGGACUCAGUAUCAAUCAUUGUCUCCAUACAUGAGUACUUGAUCAUUAAUUAUCCUAGGGAGUGCUCGAAACGUUAGAAACAAAUUGAACGAUUAAAAUCAGUACUGAAGUGGACCAACGACGAUUUAGAACUCACACUUUAAAGAGAGAUUCAUCAUGGGCAAUUUAAUUACCCAGGGUAAAUAAUCCGAGAAUAAUUACUCCAAUUAAUGAGGAUGUUAGAUGUCGUUUUAACCACUUUGUUACUGAUUAAUGUUCAUUAAAAAAUCGAAUGAUUAUUGAUUACGAUCCUGCACACCCACGAAACACAUAUAUAACAUCACGUAUACCUUUUUUUCACUCUACGAAAAUCGCAAGAACGUUAUAAAACAAUUAAAGCUAGCGAUUAAAACCUGAGAAAAAUAUCGUAAAUCGAUGGAAAACACUCGAUAAGACAUUUAUUGUGAAUGUAAAGAUGUGAAUGAGGUUUGUGGGUGUGGGAAAUGACCUCCCAAUCCUCAAUGAAAUUCUUUGUAACAUAACCGGGCCAAAAAAAACCAAUAAGUGAGUGGCAGUCGAAUGUGAGAAUAAUUUCGAUUUAAAAAAAGGGACAAAUGGUUUUUCGAAUAUUCUCUCAAUACUAGAAGCGAUCCUGGGGCCAUUGGCCUUCGAGGAUUAUCACUAAAUCGUUAGGUACGAUUCUAAAUAAAUUAUCCAACGAGAAUGCAUUACAUAAAUCCUCCAUCUCACGAGAGACACGAAAACGAAUUGAAAACCAUUUAAGAUGAAUCUCUUUUUUUUUAUUCAAACAAAUCUUGUGUGAACCGACUGAUGAGUGCUGGUAGAUCCAUGCCACUAAAUGUAAAUUAUAGUCCAACAUAUUAAUUGCUAUUGCAAAGGAAAAUGCAACAAAAUAUAUAUUAUAUAUAAAUAAAAGAGGAAAACGAAGAAUUGUGUCCAUCGACUUUUCACUCGAGAGAAGUCUGUGAAGAUUAAUUAAAUGCCCUUUAGUCUUGGUUUCAUUAUUCAGUGGGGAAUUUUGUUCGUUAUUAUGUUUGCGUUCGGAUGAAAGAGCAGAAUAAAACAAUAGAGCAAAAUGGAAGUGAAUGGAAUGAGGAAAAGUAAAAAGGGCAUUUUUUUUUUGAAGAAAUGUAGGAUAAACGGUGAUAAUAUUUUCCAUUGUGGUUUUUAGGGAUAAAAUAAAUGAUUGUGAAUGAUGAUGAUCGAUCAAUCAUCUUGUGAUGAGUUUGGAGGACAGCGAAUAGAGCAGAAUGGAAAAUAAGUCAACCGAAAACUGUAGCAACUGCAGUUAUUAGUGCAGUUAUUAAUUUCAUUGUUCGAUUGAUUAGUUCGUUGGAGGUUACGAUUUUUUUUUUAAUUACCAUCUUGAGUCAGGGGUCAGGGGCUUGAUGGAGUUGUAUUAAUGCCUGGACUGAAUUAUUGGGAGGGAAAUCUCGAAAUUUGGAUUUCGGGGAUUUUAUGGAUUGAGUAGUUCGAGUCUAGGGGAUUGAUUGAUCCAUCAAGGGAGGGGGAGGUUUUUUUUUUCAACGGGAAGAGGUGAAAACGGUGAAUAUCAAAUUUUUCUAGGGAAGUGGUAAAUUUAAUGGCAACUCUGGGGAUAAUGGGGUUGGAAUAAAAUUUGUGAGGAAUUUUUUGUAGAGAAUUUUCAGAGCUAGAAAAAAGUCUCAUUGCAUUUCUCGAUAGCUCAAGGCGUUAUCGAGAUAACUCGAGAAUUAGCGAUGCAAAAAUUUGAGGGGAAUCGAGGAGUUGGUAUAUGUGUGCAGAGGUUUUUGCGGAUAGCUCGAGAACGAGUGAGUUUAGAGAUAAAUGUGCGGGGACUUUUUUGGAGUUCUUGAUCUCCUUAAAGAAAAUUCUCUUAUGGCUCUUUCACGUAAUAUCAAUAUUUGCUGAGAUAUUGGAGCACGAAGGCGAGAGAAAUUUUCGAUGUACUUUUUUUUACCACUUCCUUUUGGAUUAUAAAUCAUCGAAGUUAAUUCCCAAUAUUUGGGACGUUGUGGUGUUACUUCUGCGCAUGUUCUCCACUCGUAACACUUUAUUUUCACCGUGUAAUGUAAACGAAUCGAUUUAUGGAGUGCAGGGAAAAGGGAAGCUAGAGGUGAAUUAAAAGGGACAAAAAGUCGUGUAAAAAUGAAACAGAAGUGUUGGUCUUUGAAUGAGUCGAGGAGUUAAAACUCUAAAAGUCUCUUGAGUUCCUCCCCCUUUCCCCUGAAUGUUUUAUUCACCUCUCAGUGAUCUUUUCCCCCCUGCAGUUUGUAGAAUGAAUUCGUGGCGUGGGGCGAGUGGAGGCGGAGAACAUCUCUGUAUUGAAGUUGUAAAAUUACGAUUAUCUCGAAAACAAUAGGAUUUAACGAAAAAUGUGUCUGACCUUUUUUGUAGCCCUGAAAAAUUACUACAAAAAAGUAUAAUGACAUUUUUUUCUCAGAGCAUUAGGUCUCGAGUUAAUCAUCAUUAUCAUUAACAGCAUUGAAAGAGAUUCCACAGAUUAAUUAAAACGGGUUUAUUGUUUUUGUAAUUAUCCCGGUAAUGAGUGGUUUUGGGUGAAAAAUGUACUGGAACUUUUUUGUAGCUGAGAAAAUUUCCCACGAAAAAUUUCCCUCACAUUUUCUUCUAGAAUCACUCAUCCCCCGGAUAAUUGGAACUUUAAUACAGAGAUUGUGUGUUCUCGGGUUUUUAGAGGCAAAUUCAGAAUGAAUUCUGGGUUAAUUAUUAAUUACCAUCUAUGAUAGCGCAAUAGGCGCUGCGUUCUUUCGCGAGGCGAGUAUGGAACGUCAUUUAGUAUGGAGUUCAAGAUUUUUAACAGCUGAAAAGAGUUAAAUCGAUGAUUGGGAUUGAAUUGAGGCCUUGAAAAGAUCUAAAGGCACCGGCAGAAAUGUAAGGGCUUUGCGAUUGUGUCGAAACUUUAGAAAAAAAGUCA